AUGAGCAGUGAUGCCGAGAUGGCCCACUAUGGGCCGGCAGCCAUCUUUCUCCGCAAACCUGAGAAGGAAAGAGUCGAGGCUCAGAACCGACCGUUUGAUGCUAGAACAGCCUGCUUUGUGCCCGAUGCCAAGGAGCUGUACAUCAAAGGUCUCAUCCAGAGCAAAGAAGGUGGCCAAGUCACCGUGAAGACUGAAGCUGAUGAGACUGUAACAGUCAAGGAGGAAGAUUGCCAUCCUAUGAAUCCCCCAAAGUACGACAAGAUUGAGGACAUGGCCAUGAUGACCCACCUCAAUGAGCCCUCUGUGCUGUUUAACCUCAAAGAUCGUUAUGCAGUGUGGAUGAUUUAUACCUACUCCGGGCUCUUCUGUGUCACUGUAAACCCCUACAAGUGGCUGCCGGUGUACGACCCAAAGGUGGUGGCGGCCUACAGAGGGAAGAAGCGCAUGGAGGCACCGCCACAUAUUUUCUCCGUCUCUGAUAAUGCAUAUCAAAAUAUGCUAACAGAUCGUGAAAACCAGUCUGUCCUGAUCACUGGAGAAUCUGGUGCAGGGAAAACCGUCAACACCAAGCGUGUCAUCCAGUACUUUGCGACAAUCGCAGUGGCUGGUGGCGACAAGAAAGAGCAGUCAUCUAGUAAAAUACAGGGUACGCUGGAAGAUCAAAUCAUUUCAGCGAACCCUUUGCUGGAGGCCUUUGGGAAUGCUAAGACUGUGAGGAAUGACAACUCCUCACGAUUUGGUAAAUUCAUCAGAAUUCACUUUGGAACGACAGGAAAACUGGCUUCUGCUGAUAUUGAAACCUAUUUGCUGGAGAAGUCGAGAGUGACGUUCCAGUUGUCUGAAGAGAGGAGCUACCACAUCUUCUAUCAGAUAAUGACUGGCCACAAAUCAGAGCUUAUAGGAAUGCUUCUCAUAACAACAAACCCAUAUGACUUCCCCAUGGUCAGUCAGGGGCAGAUCACUGUGGCCAGCAUCGACGACAAAGAAGAGCUGUUGGCCACUGAUAAUGCCACUGAUGUCUUGGGCUUCACCAACGAAGAGAAAAUGUCCAUCUACAAGCUGACCGGCGCUGUGCUGCAUUACGGGAACAUGAAGUUCAAGCAGAAGCAGCGGGAGGAGCAGGCGGAGCCCGAUGGCACCGAGGUGGCAGACAAAGUGGCUUUCCUCAUGGCUUUGAACUCUGCUGACUUGUUGAAAGCCCUCUGCUACCCCAGAGUGAAAGUGGGGAAUGAAUACGUCACCAAGGGCCAGACAGUCCCCCAGAUCACCAAUGCAGUUGGUGCUCUGGCCAAGUCCGUCUAUGAGAAGAUGUUCUUAUGGAUGGUUAUACGAAUCAACGAGAUGCUGGACACGAAGCAGUCGAGGCAGUUCUUCAUCGGGGUGUUGGACAUCGCUGGAUUUGAAAUAUUUGAUUACAACAGCAUGGAGCAACUCUGCAUUAAUUUCACCAACGAGAAGCUGCAACAGUUUUUCAACCACCACAUGUUUGUUUUGGAGCAAGAGGAAUACAAGAAAGAGGGGAUUGACUGGGAGUUCAUUGACUUCGGUAUGGACUUGGCAGCCUGCAUUGAGCUCAUUGAAAAGCCAAUGGGCAUCUUCUCCAUCCUUGAAGAGGAGUGUAUGUUCCCCAAGUCCUCAGACACUUCUUUUAAGAACAAACUCUAUGACCAGCAUCUUGGAAAAAACAAUGCUUUCCAAAAGCCAAAGGUGGUCAAAGGGAAGCCGGAGGCUCACUUCACUCUGAUGCACUACGCCGGCACUGUGAACUACAACAUCACCGGCUGGCUGGAGAAGAACAAAGACCCUCUGAAUGAGUCUGUGGUGCAGCUUUACCAGAAGUCAUCAAUGAAACUGCUGUCUUUCUUGUAUGCUUCAUUUUCUGGUGAUGAAGCAGAGUCGGGCGGAGACGCUGGUGGCAAAGGUGCAAAGAAAGGAGCGAAGAAGAAGGGCGGCUCGUUUCAGACUGUGUCUGCUGUUUUCAGGGAAAAUCUCGGAAAACUAAUGACCAACUUGAGGGGCACCCAUCCUCACUUUGUGCGUUGCCUGAUUCCAAAUGAGAUUAAAACACCAGGCAUCAUGGACAACCACCUGGUCAUCCACCAGCUGCGCUGUAACGGCGUGCUGGAGGGCAUCAGGAUCUGCACGAAGGGAUUCCCCAGCAGGAUUAUUUAUGCUGACUUCAAGCAGAGGUACAAGAUCCUGAACACCAGUGCCAUCCCUGAGGGACAGUUCAUCGAUGGAAAGACAGCUGCUGAGAAGGUUCUUGGUUCGAUUGAUCUUGAUCACACUCAGUACAGAUUUGGGGCCACAAAGGUCUUCUUCAAAGCUGGCUUACUCGGCACUCUGGAGGAGCUGCGAGAUGAAAAACUGGUUUCUCUCGUGACCCAGACUCAAGCAUUGUGUCUUGGUUAUCUCAUGAGAAAAGAAAUCUCCAAAUUAACGGCUCAAAAAGACUGCAUCUGGAUUCUGCAGUAUAACCUGCGCUCGUUCAUGAGUGUGAAGCACUGGCCGUGGAUGAAGCUGUUCUUUAAAAUAAAGCCACUUCUAAAAAGCGCAGAGACCGGAAAGGAGAUGGCGACCAUGAAAGAGGACUUUGUCAAAGGUAAAGAGGAUCUGGUAAAGUCAGAGUCCAAGAGGAAGGAACUUGAAGAGAAAAUGGUUUCUCUUUUGCAGGAGAAAAAUAACCUCCUUCUGCAAGUACAAUCUGACUCAGAAAAUCUUUGCGAUGCAGAGGAGAAAUGUGAAAGCUUGAUCAAGAGCAAAAUCCAGCUGGAGGCAAGACUCAAAGAGGUGACCGAGAGGCUGGAGGAUGAGGAGGAAAUAAACGCUGAGCUGACCGCCAAGAAGCGGAAGCUCGAAGACGAAUGCUCUGAGGUUAAAAAAGACCUCGAUGACCUGGAGAUAACUCUGGAUAAAGUGGAGAAGGAGAAACAUGCCACAGAAAACAAGGUUAAAAACCUAAUGGAGGAGCUGGCCGCUCAGGAUGAAAACAUCGGCAAACUGACCAAAGAGACGAGAGCCCUUCAGGAGGCUCAUCACCGGGCUCUGGAUGAUCUUCAGGUUGAGGAAGACAAAGUCAACACUCUGACCAAAGCCAAGGCGAAGCUGGAACAGCAAGUGGAUGAUCUGGAGGGUUCACUGGAGCAAGAAAAGAAGAUCCGCAUGGACCUGGAGAGAGCCAAGAGGAAGCUGGAGGGGGAUCUGAAACUAGCUCAAGAAUCCCUGAUGGACCUGGAAAAUGACAAACAACAAUCUGAGGAGAAGAUUAAGAAGAAAGAAUUCGAGAACAACCAGCUGCUCAGCAAAAUUACAGACGAGCAAAUGAUUAAUAACCAGCUUCAGAAGAAGAUGAAGGAGCUCAAUGCUCAUAUUGAAGAGCUAGAGGAAGAGGUCGAGGCUGAGCGAGCCGUCCGGGCGAGGAUCGAGAAGCAGAGGUGUGAUCUGUCCAGGGAGCUGGAGGAGAUCAGCGAGAGGCUGGAGGAGGCCGGAGGAGCCACCUCCGCUCAGAUUGUGAUGAACAAGAAACGCGAAGCCGAAAUCCUCAAACUGCGGCGCGACCUUGAGGAGUCCACGCUGCACCACGAGGCCACGACCGCCGCGCUGCGCAGGAAGCAGGCGGACAGCAUGGCCGAGCUGGGAGAGCAGAUCGACAACCUCCAGAGAAUCAAACAGAAACUGGAAAAGGAAAAGAGUGAGAUGAGGAUGGAGAUCGAUGAUUUGUCCGGUAAUAUGGUAACAGUUGCAAAAACUAAGGUUCAUCUGGAGAAGACGUGUCGCUCACUUGAAGAUCAGCUUAUGGAGCUAAAGACCAAGAGUGAUGAAAACAUGCGACAAAUGUAUGAUCUCACCAAUCAGAGGGCUCGUUUUCAAACUGAGAAUGCUGUAUAUUCUCGACAAAUAGAAGAGAGAGAGAGUCUCAUCUCCCAGCUGACGAGAGGAAAACAUGGAUUCACGACGCAGAUUGACGAGUUAAAGAGACGGAUCGAGGAGGAAACAAAGGCUAAAAAUGCUUUGGCUCACAGUUUAAAGUCGGCCAAUCACGACUGUGAUCUCCUACGGGAGCAGUUUGAAGAGGAGCAGGAGGCCAAAGCUGAGCUGCAGCGCAAUUUGUCCAAAGCCAACAGCGAGGUCGCUCUGUGGAGGAACAAAUAUGAGACUGAUGCCAUCCAACGCACCGAGGAGCUGGAGGAAGCAAAAAAAAAACUCGCCCAGCGUCUUCAAGAGGCUGAAGAACAAAUCGAAGCGGUGAAUUCAAAGUGUGCCUCGCUGGAGAAAACAAAACAGAGACUUCAGAAUGAGAUGGAGGAUCUCAUGGUGGACGUGGAAAAAUCCUACAGCUUAGCCGCCACCCUCGACAAGAAGCAGAUGAGCUUUGACAAGAUUCUUGUCGAGUGGAAGCAGAAGUACCAGGAGUCUCAGGCUGAGCUUGAAAGCGUUCAGAAAGAGUCUCGAUCUCUGAGCACUGAGCUUUUCAAACUGAAGAACUCCUACGAAGAAACGCUGGAUCGUUGGGAGACGAUGAAAAGGGAAAAUAAAAACCUUCAACAGGAGAUCUCAGACCUGACGGAACAACUCGGGGAGAGCGGGAAGACGAUUCAUGAGCUGGAGAAGUUCAAGAAGCAGGUGGAGACGGAAAAAUAUGACAUGAAAACAUCUCUGGAAGAAGCUGAGGCCUCCCUGGAACAAGAGGAGUCCAAGAUCCUGCGUGCGCAGAUGGAGCUGAACCAAGUGAAGGCUGAAGCCGACAGAAAAGUGGUGGAGAAAGACGAGGAGAUCGACCAGCUGAAGAGGAACAACCAGAGAGUGAUGGAGUCCAUGCAGGCUACUCUGGACGCCGAGAUCCGCAGCAGGAACGACGCGCUGGGAGUGAAGAAGAAGAUGGAGGGCGACCUGAAUGAGAUGGAGGUCCAGCUGAGUCACGCUAACAGGCAGGCAGCCGAGUCCCAGAAACAACUGAGGAACAUCCAGGGGCAACUCAAGGACGCCCAAAUCCACCUGGAGGACUCCGUCAGAGGGCAGGAUGAUAUGAAGGAGCAGGUCGGUGUGAUGGAGCGGAGGACGGCGUUGAUGCAGGUGGAGGUUGAAGAACUGCGAGCCAUCGUGGAACAGGCAGAGCGUAGCUGCAAAACGUCUGAACAGGAACUGGUUGAUGCCAGCGAGCGUGCAGGACUUUUACAUUCUCAGAAUACCAGUCUCCUACACACCAAGAAGAAGCUCGAGGCGGAUGUUAUUCAGCUUCACUCUGAGAUAGUGGAAGCCGUUCAAGAGUCCAGGAACGCUGAGGAGAAGGCCAAGAAAGCUAUCACUGAGGCCGCCAUGAUGACUGAAGAGCUGAGGAAAGAGCAGGACACAAGCGCUCACCUGGAGAGGAUGAGGAAGAACCUGGAGGUGACGGUGAAAGACCUGCAGCACCGAUUAGACGAGGCUGAGAACUUGGCCAUGAAGGGCGGAAAGAAGCAGCUUCAGAAACUGGAGGCUAGAGUCCGUGAGCUGGAAAACGAGCUGGAAGUGGAGCAGAAACGCUCGACGGAGGCCAUCCAAGGAGUCCGUAAAUAUGAAAGGAAAGUCAAAGAGCUCAGCUAUCAGUCUGAGGAAGACAAGAAAAACAACAUUCGACUGCAGGAUUUGGUAGACAAGCUCCAGAUCAAAAUGAAGUCCUACAAACAACACGCCGAAGAAACUGAGGAGCAGUCUAACAUGCAAAUAGCCAGAUUCAGGAAAGCUCAGCACGAGCUGGAGGAGGCUGAAGAGAGAGCUGACGUGGCCGAAUCUCUGGCCAAUAAGAUGCGAGCAAAGAGCCGAGAAAUUGGGACGAAGGCACAAGAAGGACAGGGCGAGUUGCUGAAUGUUGGACUUUAACUCUCUGAACACCAGCAGAGGCAAACGUGCAUGGCAGAAAUGUUUGAGAGCAAUUAUAUAAAGUAGUUUACCAUAUUAAUUUCAUAACGUAUUAACUCAUCAAAUUGUUUUACUAAAAUAAAUUAGCGAUCAUCCUUAAUAUAAGUACACACUGUCAUAUAUGUAUACUGUACAGUAUAUAUGUAAGGGAUAAUGUACAGCAAGCCGGUCCACCCCUCCGCUUCUCUCAUCGCCCUGAAGGGUUUUCUUUCACAACAAUGACUCGCUAGCGGUACAUUAUCCCGCUUAUUACACAGCUACUUACUUAAAGAAAUCAAUAAUUCAACACAAAAACGAUCCGCCAGAGUCCGACAUCAGAGCUGCGCCCAUAGCAACAGUCUGCUAUACAUAGUACGGGCGGUUAUAUAGAAAUUACACAUUCAUGCAGAAAUAAGCUGAAUAUUCUCUUUGACUCCCCUAACAUGUUUUGAGGGUCUUACAACUGCUAUUUUGGUGGAUAAAGCAGACUGAGGUGAUUGGUGGCCGGACACCGACGGCCAGACAACCUUUAAAAGUGGAUUUGCAGAGGAUUGAUUAUAUUCCUUUUUGAGGAUUAUUGCAGGCAGCUGGUGCGGAAAUAAAGGCUGAGUGGGAUACAGUUGUUUUAACAAUGAGACUGUGGCGACGCUCCAAAGGAAACAGAGGUGCAUUGUUAUUCAUGUGUGAGGCUGCCCGUGAUCUUCAGUGUCGACCAAUCACAGCUCACAGUGAAUACUCCUGUCAGGCUAACAUUUCGACUGAAGCUUUUGUUGGAGGUUACCGAGUCCUGUAGCUGUAAUGUCACAGCAAGGUGAGCUAAGGAACGGGGUUCUAACAAAACGUCUGCAGAAUUUAGGCUUCACUUUAAUUGCACAGUUGAUAUCAGCAAACAUUUCUUCCAUCAGAGUCCCUUUGAACUCGUGUCACCUCGUUUUUCCUUCCUGAAAAUGCUUAUAAAAAUCAUGAAACACCAAGGAACAUAUAAACCUUUUAAACCACAUAAAACUUGAUCAUGUGUGGAUGUUACAACAAGGAUUUUCAUUUAGGGAGAGCUUGAAGGUUAUAGGAAAUGAGAAGAGAAGGCUGGGAAGUCUUGAUUCAGUGAGUUUUGCAAUUUUUCUGAAGUGGUGAAUAAAAAGUUAAUUAUUUAAAUUACUGAAGGGAUCCUAUUAAUUUAAUUUUUGUCUCUUGUUAUUUAAUUAUUUAAUAAAAAAAUUCCUUUUGUUUCAAUGUUUGUUGCAAUAAACAUGUG